AUGAGGAUAAAUGUGAGAAGAGAGAAUACUUUUCAAGAUUUUAUAGCUAUUAGGAAGAAACCAUGGUUUGACCUUGGCAAAGUAUUCAAAGUCAUAUUUAUUGGUGAACCUGCAAUUGAUGACGGAGGACCUCGGCGAGAGUUUUUCUCAGGUUUGUGAAGACUUACAAUUGUAGUCAUUAUGUAUACCACCUACCUGUAGAUUCUGUUGGAGUGUUGGGAACCCUACUCCUCACCUUGAAGGCCAGUCAUUAAUUAGGGUGUUUGCAAAAUUUUGCCUGCUGGCUUGUAAAUUACAUUUGAUUAACUUUUAACUAUACUCCACACAAAAUUCCAUCUGAACCACCUCUGAAGUCACACAAUUUUUUGUCUUCACAUAAAACCUUUCAGUUUAAUCGAUUAAAAGUUUUAUCUAUUUUGUUUUUUAUUAUAGAGAUAUUACAAGUAGUGGAACAACGGCUAUUUCGUGAUGGUUUUCCUAUGCACAGUAUCACUGCUUUGAUAAAUGAUGAGUUCAGAAUUGCACGGGAGCUUAUGACCAUCUCUUUUGCUCAAGGUGGUCCUGCACCAUGUAUUUUUACUGAGGAAGUGUUUGAUUACCUGGUUUCUGGUAUGGAAAGUGUGACCACAACUACAUGGGCAGACCGGAUACGGGAUGAAGCUAGAUUGCUAAUUAAUCAAGUAGACAAAUAUAAAGGGUUCACUGGAGCUUAG